AUGCCUAUGUGUUUUGGUUGGAGUUUAGAAAGGCCUUCUCCAGAAUCUUUAAUUAAAUUGAAAAACCGAGAGGCUUCCAAUUUAAAUAAAAAUAAAAUAUACGAAGAAAAGAAGGAGAAAAAAACAAAGAAAAAUAAAAUUGAAGAAAAUGAAGAAAUUAAUAAUAAUUUAAAAAUUAACGAAAAUAAAGGAGUAAAAAUAAUUAUGGAAAUGGAUGAAAAUAAAAAAGAAGAUGAUGAAAUGAUAAAUUUGAAGGAAAUAGAUGAAUGUUUAAAUAUUUCCUCCUUAAAUACUUUAAUUGAAGAAAAUAGUAAAUUCACAAAAUUAACAGAAUAUGAUAAUGGGAAAUUAGGUAUUUACAUAAAGUUUAUAAAGAAACUUGUGAAUCUUUUUUUUUAA